AUGAAGGCUGAUUACUCUUUUCCCACUUGUAGCGAGUUCUUAGCCACGGAAUUCGACUAUCUCAUUGUUGAUGGUGGUACUUCUGGACUUGUCCUUGCCAAUCGGUUGAGCGAGAAUCCGAAUGUCGUUGUCGGGGUAAUUGAGGCUGGAAAAGCCAAGCUGGACGACGGCAAUGUACUCUCCCCGACUGGCAUAUCGGCCAUGUUGCAUAACUCGGAGUAUGAUUGGAAGUUCAAAACAAUACCGCAAGCGGGGAACAGGGACGAAGUUCAUCAUCUCCCCCGUGGAAAGUUGCUCGGAAGCUCAAGUGCCGUCAACUUCAUGGCCUACGUUCGUCCGUCGGCCUCUGAUAUCGAUUCGUGGGGUGAAGAGAAUGCCGGAUGGUCAUGGAACGACUUAGAGCCCUACUACCUGAAGCACGAAGACCUCCAACACCUACUCAAUAGUACAAAAAACUUAGUACACCUGUCUUCAGCUUCUCAUGGGCAAGGGGGACCUCUUCGACUCUCUAUGCCACCCUCGCCGGUUCCAUUCGAGCAAUCUCUUUUCACAGGCCUCGAGCACACUUCAGGGAUUCCAAGACCUGACGAUCCUUACGGUGGCCAGAAUCUAGGUGCCUUUGAAAGCCUAUCAAACAUUGACCGCACCGGCGGGCAAGUGCGCCGCAGCUAUUCUGCUUCUGCAUAUCUGAUCCCUGCCCUCGAACGUCCAAACUUAAAAGUCCUGACCGAAGCAUCUUACAAGGUCAAAGCAAGCCAAGAGAUCAUCCUAUCAGCGAGCACUAUCCAAACUCCCCGGAUUCUCGAGCUCUCUGGAAUUGGAAACCGAGCCAUUCUUCUAUCCGCCGGCAUCGAUCCAAUCGUCGACCUACCCGCCGUGGGGGAAAACCUACAAGAACACCCCAUGACAGCCGCCGUAUACGAACUCGUGCCGGAUAUUGGUUCAUUCCCUACGCCCCAAGUCCCAAAGACGGCACUCGAGGCCACAGUCGCCGCCGUGGAAGCGCCAGAGAAGGGAGACAAAUUCCGAGAAAGCUAUCGCAAGCAGAUCGUAUCCAGCCUACGAGAUGCCGACUUCGCAACGAUCCAAUACUACGGCAUUCCCGGCCAUUUCAAUCUCUCCAACGGCCACUCUAACCAAGGCCUCUUGCUGCCGGGAGCACCGGCAGGUCGCAAUGCAUGCUACACCAUGCUGAUCAGCGCCAUGUAUCCCGCUUCGCGCGGCAGUACGCAUAUAUCACCAAGGGGAUCCCUCCACGGGCCACCUGACAUCGAUCUAGGCAUACUCACGCACCAGGCCGACGUUGAUGUCUUGGCAGCUGGCUUGGCUUUCGUGGACAAGGUGUUCUCGUCCAAGGAUGUGGCUGGCAGUGUGCGGGGACGUGUUGAUCCGCCGCCGGCUGUGAACUUGCAGGUCCCUGCUGAGGCUCAGCAGUUUGCCCGUGAGCGGAUUAUGCCCUUCAAUCAUAUUUUGGGGACGUGCGCAAUGGGUCCUGUGGUUGAUAAUAGACUGCGGGUGAAAUCGGUGGAAGGACUGCGGGUGGUCGAUGCGAGCGUGUUUCCGUCGCAGAUCAGUGGGAACAUUAUUUCUACUGUGUAUGCUAUUGCGGAGAAAGCGGCUGAUAUGAUCAAGGAGGAUGGACCGAAAUUUAGGUGA